GUGGGUCUGAGCUGUCAUCAACACACGGCUACCUUCAGCUCCGGCUGUCUGCUGCUGCUGUGGGCAACAUUUUUCUCUCAAACUCGGACCUGCUUCUCUUCUCAGCGACGUUUUCCUUCAGAUAACGGCCACCAUCUUCACACCAUGACUCGAAGGUGAUCUUUAGAGUUUCCAGGUGGUUCUGGGGUUCCAGGUUGGUGUUGUGAGAGAGCGAGCUACCUGUGGGGAGGUGGACCGCCUGGGGCACUGUGUCCGUGGCUCUCAAGUGGCUAAGGAGGGGGUUUGGCAAACUAUUCUGCAACAUGGAGAAGGGAGACCUGAAGAUCCUCAACAAGGGGGAAGAGGAGGAGAUGGAGCUGCAGGGCUACCGCCUGUGUCGCUGGCGGCUUGCCCUUGUGGGCUUCGGUGUGUUGUGUACAGGGGGCUUCCUCCUCUUGCUGCUCUAUUGGAUGCCAGAAUGGUGCGUCAAGUCCACUUGCACCCGUACCACAGCCCGUGAUGCCAAAGUGGUGUUGCUGCGCUCCACGGAUGAGUUCCGGCGCUGGUUCUUGGCCAGGGUACGAGUGAUGCUUGCACCGGGCAGCAACCCCUUCCACAGCCUGGAGACCCAGACCACCUCCCCCUCCUCCGCUCCCUCCCUUUCCUCUCACUCCUGCACCUUCUCCAACUCCGCCUCCCCCCCUUUGGCCAACGGACACACUCCUCACCCCUCCGAUGGCAUCCCUGCUCAGGAGCUCAUUGCAAGAUUUUCUGACUACCAGCCCACACAGAUUCGCUACUUUACCUUCCACAGCACAAAGUAUUACUGGGACGAUGAGAUGCAGAACUUUAAAUUUUUAACUGGUCUGGAGGAUCUGCAGGUCAGUUGCUCCUCCAUCCACUCGGAGCACAGCGCCGGCCUGAGCAGGAACCUGCAGGAGUACAGGAGACUGUUCUUUGGAGUGAAUGAAAUUGCGGUGAAAGUGCCUUCUGUUUUCAAGCUGCUUAUCAAAGAGGUCCUCAACCCUUUUUACAUCUUCCAGCUCUUCAGUGUGAUCUUGUGGAGUGUUGACGAGUAUUACUACUAUGCUGUGGCCAUCGUUUUCAUGUCUGUUAUUUCCAUAGCUACCUCUCUGUACACCAUCAAGAAGCAAUACAUCAUGCUACACGAUAUGGUGGCAACUCACAGUAUUGUCCGUGUGUCCAUAUGCCGAGCCAAUAAUGACAUUGAGGAGAUAUUAUCCACUGAUCUGGUACCUGGUGAUGUGAUGGUAAUCCCAAGCAAUGGGACCAUCAUGCCAUGUGAUGCUGUGUUGGUCAGUGGCACCUGCAUUGUCAAUGAAAGCAUGCUCACAGGUGAGAGUGUUCCUGUGACAAAGACAAACCUCCCAAACCCAGCUCCAGAACAACAGGGGGAGGUCAAUAGUGCCUACAACACCGAGGAGCAUAAGAGACACACACUCUUCUGCGGCACCAACGUCAUCCAAACCCGCUUCUACACAAGCGAGCUGGUCAAGGCUGUAGUGGUCCGCACAGGUUUCAGCACAGCAAAAGGCCAGCUGGUGCGCAACAUCCUUUACCCCAAACCCACCGACUUCAAGCUGUAUCGUGAUGCCUACCGCUUUCUGCUGUGUUUGGUAGCUGUGGCUGGAAUCGGCUUUAUUUACUCCAUUGUUCUCAGCAUCAUGAACAAGGUACCAGCAAAACGCAUCAUCAUCAAGUCCUUGGACAUUAUAACCAUCACAGUUCCACCAGCUCUGCCUGCAGCCAUGACAGCUGGAAUUGUGUAUGCCCAGCGACGUCUUAAACACAUUGGCAUUUUCUGCAUCAGCCCACAGAGAAUCAAUAUUUGUGGACAAAUCAAUCUGGUCUGCUUUGACAAAACUGGAACUUUGACAGAAGACGGUUUAGACCUUUGGGGAGUUCAGAGAGUUGAAAAUGGCAGUUUUCACCUGUCAGAAGAAAACGCCUACAAGGAAAAUCUUGUCAAAACCCAAUUUGUGGCUUGCAUGGCCACCUGCCAUUCUCUUACCAAAAUAGAUGGUCAGCUGUCUGGAGACCCACUAGAUCUCAAGAUGUUUGAGGCUACAGGCUGGAUCCUGGAGGAAGCCACUGAGGAGGAAACCUCUCUCCAUAAUCAGAUCAUGCCCACUGUGGUUCAACCACCAAAGCAGCUGCUGCCCCCUGAGGCCAAUUUAUCAGCAGAACAGGACAUGGAACUCUAUGAGCUUUCACCAGCGUAUGAAAUUGGUAUUGUGCGGCAGUUUCCUUUCUCCUCGGCCCAUCAGAGGAUGAGCGUUGUAGCUCGUCUCCUGGGGGAGAAGCGUAUGGAUGCGUACAUGAAGGGAGCGCCAGAGGUUGUGGCUAGUCUCUGCAAGAAAGAGACAGUGCCUGAAGACUUUGCGGAGGUUUUGGAGUGUUACACUAAGCAGGGUUUCAGAGUGAUUGCUCUGGCUCAUCGUCGACUUGAAGCCAAACUCAGCUGGCACAAAGUCCAGAACAUCAGCAGGGAUCACAUCGAGACAAACAUGGAGUUCCUUGGCCUUGUUAUCAUGCAGAACAAGCUGAAGGCUGAAACCCCAGGAGUCCUGCAGGACCUUCAUAAAGCCAACAUUCGCACUGUCAUGGUUACAGGUGACAACAUGUUGACGGCAAUCUCUGUGGCUCGUGACUGUGGAAUGAUUCCCCCCAAGGACACAGUCAUUAUAGCUGAUGCCAUUCUUCCUCAUGAUGGACAAGCUGCCAAAAUCACAUGGAGAUACGCUGACAAACCCAGCAAAACAACACAACUCGAGGAAAUUAACAUAAGCCUGGAGGAUGUUAAUCCUUUAGAGGAGCCAAAACCGCAAGAAAUGUAUCACUUUGCAAUGAAUGGAAAAUCAUUUGCUGUAAUCUCUGAGCAUUUCCCCGAUAUGCUUCAAAAGCUUGUUUUGCACGGGACAGUUUUUGCCAGAAUGGCACCUGACCAGAAAACUCAGCUGAUUGAGACGCUGCAGGGAGUGGACUACUUUGUGGGGAUGUGUGGAGACGGAGCAAACGACUGUGGGGCACUGAAGAGAGCACACGGGGGGAUUUCUCUGUCAGAGCUUGAAGCCUCAGUGGCCUCUCCCUUCACUUCAAGGACCCCCAACAUCUCCUGUGUCCCAAGCCUCAUCAGGGAGGGACGUGCUGCUCUCAUCACCUCUUUCUGCGUCUUCAAGUUUAUGGCACUCUACAGCAUCAUCCAGUACAUCAGUGUUACCCUCCUUUAUUCGAUCCCAAGUAACCUCGGAGACUUGCAGUUCCUCUUCAUCGACAUUGCUAUCAUUCUCGUUAUUGUAUUCACCAUGAGUCUGAACCCAGCAUGGAAAGAGCUGGUGUCACGUCGUCCCCCAUCAGGACUCAUCUCAGGGCCCCUACUGUUCUCUGUGCUGACCCAGAUCCUCAUCUGCUUGGGCUUCCAGACCAUCACAUUCCUUUGGGUCCGACAGCAGCCCUGGUACACCGUCUGGACCCCACUCACCGACGUCUGCAACCUCACUUCACACCUGAACAAGACGGACCUCAACGACACAGAGAUGGACGACCACAACAUCCAAAACUUUGAGAACACGAGCCUCUUCUACGUCUCCUGCUUUCAGUAUCUCAUUGUUGCAGUUGUUUUCUCCAAAGGCAAACCUUUCAGGCAGCCCAGCUACAAAAACUGGCCUUUUGUAGUUUUCACUGUGGGUUUGUACUGCUUCCUGGUCUUCAUCAUGUUUUUUCCUGUUCAAAGUAUUGAUGAGCUUCUAGAGAUAGUUUGUGUUCCUUUUAUUUGGAGGGUAAACCUUUUCCUGAUCAUUCUAGUCAAUGCUGCUGUGUCGGUUUUGGUGGAGACCAUCGUCCUUGACAUCGUGUUACGGAAGCUUGUGUUCAGCAGAGACAAACAGAGCAACUCUGGCGACACCCCCGCUGCCCCCACGCUACAGGGGGGAGUCGACGUGCGAGUGUACAAGUUUUUGCUCUGCUGCCUACGCAAGAAGACGCCCAAAGCUCGCUAUAUGCAUCUGGCCCAGGAGCUCAGCGUGGACCCCGACUGGCCCCCAAAACCAACCACCACCACUGAAGCCAAGCCCCACACACAAAAUGGCUCCUCUCAUCAAAUCGCGAUCAAUUCCUAGCACCCCCUACUUCCCAACAUUUAAAUUAUCUU